UGAAGUUGGGUUUAAAAAUGUUAUUUUUGCAGCGCCAUCUGCUGUAAACAAAAAUCUUCGCAACCCACAGCUAACGCAAAAAUAAUGAACUGGGAAAACAAAUUCUCAUCUAUACUUCGUGAGACGGAGUCAAAUUUAUCAAAGGCUAGGAGAAAGCUUUACACACCUGGACAUGGUUACCUAGAUUUAACAAGCAGGGGAUUUAGUAGUUCUAUGCCAAUGAGACGUUCUUCUUCACUGCUGGAUAUGUCAGGGUAUGUCCCCGUAAUGACCAGUACGCCUCAGGUGGCAGUCCCAUCCCAGCCAUCCAUCACCUCACCUCAACUCGUCAACUCCUUACAGGAAAAGAUGGAACAGCAGAACAGGUUGAUUGAUCAGCUGAUGCAGAUGGUCAACAAACUUGAAACUGACAGAAAUAACUACAGCGAACAGAUGAAAGACGUCAGAGAUCAGCUAUAUCACCUGAGAACCCAGAAUACUAAACCAGACCGAAGGAUGGAUGUUGAAAACAAGAUUGAUCAAUUCCGGCGAGAUUUACAGAGUGAGAUCAACAGUAUUCACAUUCAACUACAGAGAAACUCAGUGGACAAUACACUGCAGAGGGACAUACGGGACAUGAAAAACAAUGUCCAAGAUGAUCUCGAUCUUAUGAAGAGAGAUAUAGACAUCCUGAAGUCUAGAAUUGGUAAAAUAGAAAAUGAGGUAUCGACUAUUGCUAGAAAUCCGAGGAGAAUGUCACACUAUGAAAAGGUGCAGAAUCAACAGACUUCCCUCAAUACAACUACAGAUAGUUGGGGUAGGGUCAGAGAUCAGUACCAAAUACAGGACCUCAGGUCGUCUGUGUCGACACUGAAGAACAAGCUGGAUAAUCUGGAGUACUCGUUAGGGAGUGGAGGGUCCACACCCAGACAGAAGUACACACCCAACAGUGGAAUCCACACACCUCUCUACAUCAAUGCCAAGUCCCCACAACUCUACGACAAUGGUUAUAAAUCAGAGAAAUCUGGGAACAGUGUGAUGGAUUUGGAUGACCUUGACCUCUCUGAUGAUGAUGAGAGUACAGAUUUUGAAAUGUUUAAUCCACAGAGAGCAAAAAUAAGCUCCACAGUAAUUGACUCAGAUGAAGACCUAAACCUGUCUGACCUUGACCUUAGUGAUGAUGACCCUAUUGGUGACCCCUUGGUGAUAUGACCAAAAGACAUUGUAUGUGGUGUAGAUUUGAGUAUUUGUAGUGCCUGUGACAUAUAUCUAUCAUUAAAGGAACAUGAAUAUUUAAA